GGCCUUUUCGUUUUGUGCUACUAAUCUUCACAUGUAUGAUGACGUUUGGUUCUUACUUUUGUUUUGAUAUGCCAAGGUAAAGUCACUUUUACAUGUAACUCCCUCUUUGAUUUUAAUUUUUCAAUUUAUACAAUUUAUAUUAUCCAUAUAUAACAUAUAUGUGACGUCUGUUUGUGAGGAUGGAAGACAUAAAUACUUUAGUUUGUAUGUGUUGACAACUAGAAAUUAAGACUCAAGUUAACACGAGAUGAAGGCUCCACUUCCAUUUUAGUUUUGCUUGGCAAUUUCAGUUUUGUAUCUUGUUUUAGCUUUGUAGUUUAACCUGCAGUCUUCAUUUCUAUGUAAAAUAAUUUCUGUCAUUCUGACCACAGGCCGUAUAAGCCCCCUGCUUUGGCUUUACUGAGUUUGUACUAUAUGAGUGAUGGAAUAAUAAAGUUAAAGUUAAAUACAAAGCAAUUCUAACAGGCAAGGCGAAACGAACAGAAAGCUGUAUUUUGUGCAGCCGCAUAAGAGAGAAUGCACGAAAGUUGCUAAAAUUGAGCCUGAUCUCAGGUUAGAAACAGGUGCAAAUUACUGAAAUUUACACAGAUUGUGAUUGUCGUUAACUGUGUACAUAAUGCACAUUACAUUAAUUUUAUCCAUGGUAAUAGUACAUUAUUUUAUUUUACAGUGUCUUACAGGAUACCUUCACUGCAGUAAGUGCUUUUGAUAAUUUUUUGGUAGAAACUGCAGCUUAUGAUAAAAAGCUGAAAAGUUUGCAAAUCAUUCAUUUUUUCAUAGUACUCCCAUAUUUUAGAGAUUUGCUUAUCAGUUGUCUGUUGCCAUUAGUCUAGAAAGGCAACUGGAGAUUAAUUAAGAAGCUAAACAUCAUUAGUUAUUUCUCAACACCUUUCUGCUUCUUUGUAAUAGCAACUACACCCUAACAAAACGAUGCACAACUGUACCACUAUCGAUGGCAAGCCAGCCUCGGGUUUGCGCAGCAAUGGCACCAACUGCACCAGUGGCUUGGGAUUAACUGAAACACAGUACAAUCUACUGUAUUCAAUCUAUGCUUGGACGUAAGUAACUAAAUUGAAUGGUUCAAGAGGGAACUAAUCAUAAGUAGGUUGAGUGUGAUCGUCCGGAUGAACUUAGUCCUCAAUAGAACUGUUGUUGUUGAGUACAGUGACUGAUGUUUCAAAAAUCUGUGCAGUAGUCAUCUCCAGAGUCAAAGUUAGUUGUAUCACAUUAGUUGAUGGUAUUAAACUCUGGUGAUUGACCUGAUUGGUCAAUUAAGUCGUGAUGUUAUUGGCCAUCUGUUGGCUAAGCCAUGAUGUUAUUGGCUAUAAAGACUCGUAAUGUCAUUGGUGUGUUUUGAUCUGUCAAUUGUCACAGUGUUAAACAGUUCUUUAUUGUUAGUCAAAUUGUCAGUUGUCCAGUCAUUCUCUCAUGGUUAGUUUUGCAUGAUUCCGUCAAUAAGUCGUUUGUACGGUGCCGAUAACUGUUGAUUACGAUUCAGUGGUGUUUGUUCUAAGUUAGUAAACCAGCUUUCUAAAGUGAGUCGUUGAUAGUAGUUUGUAGAAUACGUAACACAUGUCGCAGAGUCCCAGUCGAUUUGAUGUUUCAUCUGUAAAUGGUGCUCAGUAAUGUGAUUGUUGAUGUCACCAUUUCUCAUCGCUCAUUUGUGUUUGGUCCAUCACGUGCUAAGGUUUCUGCUGGUUUCACCAAAUUAAGUAACCUGGCAGUCGCAGCAUUUGAUCUGGAAGUAACCAUGUUAGUUAUAUGGCUGGCCCUGUGAGCAAGCAAGAUGAAGCAAAUCUAAUGUUCUGAUUGGCUUCGAGCAGUCAAGAAGGGCCUAUCUUGCAUAUUUUGCCUGCUCAGGAUUUCAUACUUUGUUCUGCAAAAGAAAACUUUGUGAAUUAAUUAUUCAGGUAACUUCUGGGUAACUGACCACCUACCCCUCCCCUAAGUCACAAUUUUGCCCUAAGUGACAAGUAAGUGUUAAUGUUGACUUAGGGGAGGGAAAGGUGGUCAUAUACCCAGAAACCUCAAUUGGUCCGUCUUGGAUCAAUUGAGGUUUCUUUCUGGCCUUAUAAUAUUAUUCCUGCUUAUUGACCAAACCUGUGCAGUCAAGAUGGCUGAUGAAUAUUUACCUUUUUUUCAUUCCCUUUUUUUAAAUUUCAGGAAUGCAAUAGUUGUAAUCCUUGCUGGUUUUCUGAUUGAUAAACUGGGAAAUCCAAGUGAGUAGCUUCCCCUUUCAAAUAAGUAUAUAUCAUGUUAGAUUUGUUCAGUCAAUCUUCUAGAUCUUUGCUUGGUUUAUCAUUAUGAGGUCUUACAUGGCAUACAGCUGCAAUAUGGAUGAAAUCACAAGGGGGCAGGUUUAGUCUGCUAGCUCCAAACUGCAGAAUUCUUCAGUGGACCAAAUAGAUCAAACUAUAGUUUUUCCCACCUUAAUAUUAUAAAGCAGAUUGCUUUAUUAAAGCCCUCCAAUAUGUGUGUGAUCAAUUUACGAGAAAUUCUCGGGGCUAUCAUCAAGAACCCAGGGCUAUAUUAAUAAUUUUAAUUGGCACUGUGUGUAGUGAACUGGAAGGUAAAAUAUUUCUCACUCAGUUAUUGCAUUUUCUGAAUUCUUUUUUUUAUGUCUUAGUUGGUGCCUUGCUGUUUUCAUUUAUGUGUUUGGCUGGUACAUCUGUGUUUGCGGUUGGCCUGUACUUCAAAGGAGGGGCAGCAAUGUUUCCUCUUUUUCUGCUGGGAAGAAUUAUGUUUGGGUAAGUUUGACUAUUAUAUAAGUGCCUGCACAUUAAAAUAUUGCUUAAUGAUUGCACACAGCUUCAAAUACAUGUUAUUUUGUAGUAUUGAGUAAAAUCUAUUUAUUUCUGUUACUGUUGAUGAUUUUGAAAUCUAGAACAACUUCUGCUUGCUUUCUUUUUUUUUCUCCAUAGAUCUGGAAAUGGUGCCUUAACAAGUAAGUACAGUGCCUGACAAGUUUGCUUUCACUAACAUUUUUAUCACGAGAAACACUAUGAACUUUCAUCCUUUUUCACUCUGUAUUAUUGGACCCCUCCACCUCCCUGUAUCAUUGACGAUUGACAUUACUGAACUUUUCAUUUAUGGCUCAUUAAUUUUGGUGUUUUGGUCAUAUCCCAGCUUUGAAAAAGGGGGAUUGGGAACAUCAAAAAGAAUAAAAGUGAUUGUUAGACGUCUUAAAGUGAACUUUGAUAAACUGAAGCACUAAUGCUAAUACUUUUUAACAACUUCUCCCAAUAAUUUGGUUUUGCCCAUGAACUGUCUAGAUUGGAAAGUAGCUAUCAAUGGCAGUUUGCAAAUCAUGUUUUUUUUACCCUCAGUUGUUCAAAAUAGGAUUUGUGCUAUGUGGUUCAAAGGAAAGGAGCUUGCCUUUGCUUUUGGAUGCAUUUUGGCGUUUUCAAGACUUGUAAGUUGCCACAUAGUCAUAUGGUGACUGAAAUCUAGGGAGAAUACAAUUUGCCCAUGGAGAGGGGUGUUGGAGCAGAAAAAGAAGGAAGCUCCCCCAACUCCCAAUAAUAUUACCUUUCACCAACAUCCCCACAGGCAAUUUUACUGUUCCACCUUUUGUCACCAUGUGAAAUGCUACAGUUAUUUCCUUUUGGUAACAUUUUUUAAGGUAAAUUUAAAUUUUAACUUGGUAAACCUUUUUUUAACUUAGUGAUUCUAAAAAAUUCAGAGAGAACUCUGCUAGUAGGGAAUUGAAAAAAGAACUUUGCCAACCAUUUACCUAUAUUAGAUAGUACCUCUAUGUUAACUGUAAGUGAUUGUCUCACAAAAUUGUUAAAUCAUCAUAAUUAUAAAAAUUAUUAUUAUUAUUAUCAUCAAUAUCAUCAUAAUUUUAUUAAUUUUUUGCAGGGUAGUGUGUUAAACUUUUUUCUGACAGAACGAUUUGAAGAAAGGCAUGGUCUUCAAUUGACGUUAUGGGCAGGUAUUGAAUUCAUAAUGUUUUUAUAGCGAAUUUGUCCAACCAAUUUUUUGUAAUUAGAAGGUUACUAUGUUCAUAGGUUUUUACCAGACGUCUUCUUAGCAUAAUUUUUGAGAUUUAUCCUGAAUGUUAAUUAUUAGAACUUUUAAGCCAUGAGAGAUUUUUGUCAUUUUACAGGAGCUAUUUUGUGUGGGUUUGGAGUUUUUUGUGCAGUAGUGGCAUCAUUUCUGGAUGUUACUGGAUUGAAGCAACUGAAUAGGGUAUUCUCAUAAAUUAUGAUUCGUAGACCAUUACUUUCUUUAGUCUCGCUUGUAGAAGCAGCAAGACUCAUAAUCUGCAACGAGUUUUUUGUUGUAUUUAGGACGCAAAAGGGGGGUCACUGUGCCAGGCGUUCCUAGUGGAGACCGUGGAAACUGGGACUAGGACUCGUUGCGUGAUCGAAGCCAUGCAUGUUUUGUGAAGAAAACUUAGGAAAGAGUAAAUUUAGAGCUUUCCUGAAAUGUGUCGGUCCAUGAAUUCUAUCGCUUGAAAGAGUUGAUUACUUUGGAACAAGUGAACACUACUGAGUGGUCAAAAGAAAAUAAGAAUCUUAAUUAGCAAAACUGCAAUGGUCGGGUGUUGUAAACUUUCAUUGUAUGAGCAUGCAGUUUAUUUUUGGUGAUGAUUGAAAUGACGUGCCAUGUAAAUCACUUUUUUGAUCUCUGGAAAUGAUGUAAUUUCUCUGGAAUCGAGACCCUUGAAUUUUUGUGUAUUUACACAUGCAUAUAGCCUACGACAACAGAGGUAUUUCUGGUUGUCGCUAACACGCGUAUUAAAAAUCAGUUCAGAAACAAAUAAAAAGUAUCGAUGUCGAUAAAGUAGGAAGUAAAAAACGUUCAGUGAAUAAAUACUUUUUUGUGUAGAAUUAAUCACCUCCUCAGUUCUCGAUCUAAUCUCCAAGCAAGGGAGACUGAAUGCCGCUGUAAGAGCUUUCUUGUUGUACAAAUUUUUGAUCUUGAGAAACAUUAUUGCAUGCAAUUUGCCUAAGGUCCCCAAAAAAUUAAGUGAUUCCCAGCAAGAGAAAACAGUUUUACUCACUGUUGAAAUUAUCGCUUAUCAUUUAGACUUAAUUGUUACCACACAAGAGAGCAAAAUACUUAUCUACAUUAUCUUGCUUUUUCUUGUAGACAACAGAGAUGAAAAUUGAUUCCAAAAAGGUGGUAAGUAACUUAGUAUAGACAUUAAAAAUACAUUAUAUUAUAUUAUUUUAUUUUAUCAGUUAUUUUCAAUUGUUAUUAUUUCAGAGAAUUGCAGACAUCAAGCACUUUUCCUCUACAUAUUGGCUUCUGGCUUUUUGCCUUAUGUUCUUUUAUAUUGGAGUCUUUCCAUUUAUUGCAGAUGCAAGGUACAAACAUGUUUCAUUGUUUUAAUUAAAUUGUCUUUAAAAUGUGUCUUUUUUAUUAUCAUUAUCAUUAUAAAUAUAGACAUCAUCAUCAUCAUUUUUAUUUUGAUUAUUUAUUUUUUUAAGUUGCCUUAAGCAAUAUAAUGCUUUGUUUUCUUGUAACAUUAACUUUUCUCUUUUUGCAGCAAGUUCAUAUAUGUGAAUUACAGAGACACUUUUGACUUCACCAAGAAGGAAUCUGCAUACAUUGCUGGCUCUGUGUAUUUGAUGUCCAUGGUUUUUGGACCUUUGAUGGGUUUGUUUGUGGUAAGAUGUGUAUGAAGUGUCAAACAAAGAAAAACACUUUUCCUUGGUAUACAGAGUGUGGGACCAGGCUCCGCAGUGGGGAAAGGGUGUACGGCAAAAAAAAAUUUGGCAAGCAAAGUGAGCUGAGUGGUGGACUGGGGAGGGGGAAAGAGGGGGAAAGCCUGGAGACACGCCUUUGAUGCCGCUGUUCCAUGAUACCAUAUUCUGAUAUCAUGCUCUGAUUGGUCAAAUGUCUCAUUGUUUGCCAGAUUUGUCAUACUGUUGACAGAUGAAUUCACACACUUUUUCAAUUUGGGAAAGCUUUGUGUUUUUAGACAGUAAACAUGGAUUAUGAGCAUAUUAAAUUGGAAGAUAAUAAUUUCUUCGCGAGUUUUUUCGCAUACCCCUCUGCUCCAAGAAAAGAAGAAAUAUGCCUGUGCUCUGUUGAAAGAAGAAAAACACGCAUUUAAAAUAUCAAGCUCUUUUUGUUCUCCUGUUAUAAACCAGGGUAACAUUUACAAAGUGGUUGAGUUAUAAACCAACAUUCAAAAGGCACAGCUCUAUAAUCAUGCACCUGCCAAAUGCAUGAUAAAUACCAAAAACCAGUGGAUAUAUUAAAAGACUGCAUGUUGCACACAGCUGAACCUUAUGAUCUGUGAUUGCGCAAACCAGAACUGUACAGAGAUAACAGCGAUUGUGGAUGAUUAUUAAUCAUUAUUUAACAGUGUAAAAUUCCUGAAAGAGUUCUCCUUGUUGUAGCAAUAUGUAGAUUUUCAAUUGUUUUCUGCCAGUGAUGAUACACGGCCUGUCAGUCCUUGCAGUUUUUAGGUAGGCUAAAAUCCUUUUCACAAGGUUGGUCGAUCACUUGUUAUACUGCGAAAUUGAGGGACCUUGUUCUAUUUCAUCCCGGCGCAUUACAAUAUUUUUUUUAUAAAAGCGACAUAUAUCGACUCGUGCUGCAUUUCACAGCUAUAAGAAUGAAGAAACAUCUGUUGAGAACUUAAUGUGUUGAAAUAUCACUGACAGUUUUUGUGGAAGGCAUAUCAGCAGUGUCAAAGGCAUGUCUCCAGGCUCCACCACCCUUUCCCUUUCCCAUGCUCUCGCUUGGUAUACUUCGCUCACUGAUUUUUCUUUUUCGCCUUUUUCCCCACUGUGGAGCUAUUCUGUACUUAAUGUGUGUCCAAUUUUCAUGCAUUUGAUGACCUUUUGUUCAUAAGAUUAUGGUUUGUUAGUACCAUAAGCCCUAGAAUUACAAACCUCUCUCUAAACUUGAAUUAAAAAAGAAACCAAUAUUUUAUUUGUUGCUGACAAAGUACUGCUUUAGUUCUGUUGACAGUGAAAUGUUAUGUUGCCAUACUCACAUAGACAUGUUAAGACGGAAUCCAUUAGAAAAUUGGGUAAUUUCAAUUUUCAGUGGACAAUUUCCUGAUGGAUUCCGUCUUAAACUACUUACAGCCUCUAUUAAGGGUCGCCCUCAGGAAAGGGACAAGUCAAACCUACUUAGAAGAGACUCUGUUUAAUACAGUGAUUUUCUGACAAUUUUGUAUACAGGGAGUCUUAUUUAACUGGCCACUAAGUAGAGGGUGGCUGCUUAAUAGAGGUUUGAUGGUGUCUUUCAUUUUUUACAGGAUUAUUUUGGACGUAGAGGAAUCCUUAUACUUCUCUGUGCAUUGCUUACGAUCCCUGUUUAUGGGUUACUGGCUUUUGCACCUCAUGUUCAUCCCCUUAUCUGCACCAUUUGGCUUGGCUUUGCCUAUUCCAUGGCUGCAGUAAGUUCAUUAAAACUUUGUUGGUCGACAUUCUAAUACUAAACUUUAUUUCCACCAACAAAAUAGAAAGAUUGUAAGCACUGUUCAAAACCACAGGGAUACCAUGUAAUUCUAGCACCAGUUUUUCAGAGGGGAUAGCUCUACCCACUGGAUAAAUUUCUAUUCACUGGAUAACACAAAUUAUUGGUUUUCCUUAUUCUGUACCUGUACUGGAAAGUGACUUAUCCAGUGGACAGCACUAUCCAUCUAUUUUGCCUCCACUACUCAACCGGUACACACAAGACAACAAUGUUCAUAUAUGGGCGCAUGGGCCAGCCAAGCCACCGUGCCAUUUAUUCAACAUAUAUGCAGAUAUGUACAAAUAUCAAGUAAUAUCUAUAAACAAAAGAACAGAAGCACCAAAGCCGGACACGAAAACCCCAAAAAACCAGCAGGUAGAAAAAACACAGGGAACGUGUACCCCCGACCAAGGCAGUGGUGCAACCCUUGGGGUUUUAGGGUAUGCUAGUGCCUAAACUAUAAACAUCAAUAAACACACGAAUAAAAUAAAAGAGAGAAAAGCAACCUAACACGGUGAAGGCUGACCGUAGAAUGCCUCACCUUCCUAACGACCACGAAUUACAAACUCGAAUCCCAUGACUCAGUGCGCACUAACACCCUCCCCAGACCGCUGAUACGUGCCGGCAAAAUAGUAAUUUAUGAUAAUACGGUGUAAUCGCAAAUUACAUUUUGAACAACUGGGAACUGACCUCCUAACAAUUCUUCACCUGUUUGCAAUGUUGGAUUAUUAUUACAUUAAAGAGGAAUUGUAGUAAGAUACAGUAAGCUCCAUCCAUGAUCAACAUACCCGGGCCCAAAUUUAAUGGUAUUUAUUUCUAUAUAUAUUUUAAAAUUUAUUUAUUUAUAGACAGUGAGCAUCUUGUUUUUUGCAUCAAUACUCCAAAGUGUAUUUUAUUUAUAUAAUUAAUUUAAUUAAGGUAUUUUGAACAGUUGAUCAAAGUACAAAUAUCAAUACAAUAUAUUCUAGUGAUUUUCCUGAUAGGGUUUUUCAGAAUUAAUUUACAGUUAAUAGGCCCAUUUAUACGAGAAAAAAUAAGACGCGUCUUACUUAAGACGCAUCUUAAAUAAGACGCGAACUGUACCAUUUAUACGAGCAUCUUAUCUAAUAAGACGCGUCUUAGCUAAGCCGCGUCUUAUUUUAGACGAAAGGUGCCGUUUAUACGGAAAGUUCGCGUCUUAUUUAAGACGCGUCUUAUGUAAGGCGCAUCUUAUUUUUCCUUGUAUAAAUGGCCCUAUUGUGUUAUAACCUGUCACAAUGGAGACCAGGAAAACAACAUACUUUCUGUAACCACCAACAGCUUAUGGUUAUUGAAUGCUGCUUAUUAGUCUUUAUUAUAAUUGCUAACAUACUAUUUCAUUAAAUAGCAGGAGUAAUUUUCUUGCUUUCCUGUAGGCAUCUCUUUGGCCAUCUUUUCCUCUCAUCGUGGACCAGGCAACUGUUGGUGAGUUUUUUAAAAAACUGAUAUAAUUAUUGUUCUAGAAGCAAUUAGCAAUGCUAACAGCUACCUUUAAAUUUCUCUCUUUUUAAAAGGAACUGCACUGGGCCUCACAACAUCCAUACAGAUGAUAGGCAUGGGAAUAGCAAAUAUCAUUGUAGGAAAAAUGCUUGAUCUCAUAAAGUAAGUAAGGCCUUAGUGGUCCUCUCUUUUAGUGGUAAAGAGCAUCUGUUCAUUGUUCAUCUUCAUAAUUUUGGGAAGUUUCCUAUGCCAUAGUAAAUGAUUUAGCUACAGGAAAAGCCCUUUACAAUAGUGUAGAUACAGUUAGCAGUACCAGCACAUUAAUAGCCUGCAGGCAAGUUCACCAUUUUGGGGAUAUUGUGAAAAGUACACUCCCGAGAGGCACACGAGAGGAGACAUUCUCACGCAGCUCACUUUGCUUGUCCAAUAGGAGAGCUUGUUUGCGGGCAGAGGUUAUCACAUUAAUUUUUAGUAGUAUAUUUAAAAUCUCUGGCAACAAUCUUUGCUGUAUCCAAGUCAAAAGAUACCUCAACACUGUCUGCUACUACCUAUUUUACAGACUUUAAGGUGGCUGAACACAGUUUUGAGGGCGGUCAGCGGUAACUCGCGUGACCACGCAUCUUUUAAAUAAGACAAACAAACAUGGCAGCAAAAAGGCAAUGGUAUACAGAAGACGAUUUCUCAAAAUCUGCUCAUUAAAAUUUUGUGAUAUUUGGCAGAAUUUCUCCUUUUAUUGUAUUUUAGGUAAUGAGAACUUUGAAGUGGAAAUUUUGUAACACGUUUAAUAAUUAAAGUACAAUAAUUAUAUUAUCAAUAAUUAUCUAAAAACCCAUCUGUUAAAAUUUGGUCAAAUAAGUUUCAAAUGGUAAUGAUUAAUUAUAAUCAGCUGUGUGCAAGUUUAUAGGAAAAUCCAAUGAGUGAAUUUUAUGUAAACUGAGCAAAAGUGAAAUUUUAAGGUUGUAUUCAAUCGUUCGUGUUGCCAUGGAAACUAAGAAAACGUCAAAUUCUACCUGCCAACCAAAAUCUUUCAUCAGUGUAUGUUUCACUUGCCAAGUUUCAGCUGGUGAACAGCAACCUUUCUGUUGCCAUGAUUUGGCAAAUGACAUAUACUCACAAAAUGCCAAAACUGUGUUCAGCCACCUUAAAUUACCAUGCAGUUGUUGAUACAGAGAUUUCUUAUGGGUUUGAAGAUGGUGGUUCGUGAAAAAAUCUGGUAUGUUCCUCACCCCUAACCAUUUAUUUUUUAUCUCCUUUGUAUGUCCCCACAUGCAAUUAACAGUCAAGAGCCUGUUACCACUGCCUCUUAACUUAUAGUUUUUUUACAUCGUUUUGACAUGUUUUACAAAUUUUCGACAACUAUUGCGUUCCAUAAAAUACAGAACCAAAGCCAAGUCUCAGGGUUUUCAUUAAGAAUUCUAGUAGUGGGAGAAAGGUGUAACAUUACAGAAGAAUGUUUUGAAAGAGGCUCCACAUCUGAAUAUAAAAUAGUCAUAGGCUACCAAAUGUUUGAGAAAGAGAAUUAUGCAUGGUAAAUGGAGAAUUCCCUGAUCUCCGAUGCCUAAUGACCACCCUGAAGUCCAGGCUGAUUUUGAGGUAGAUUUUAUUUUCAAACCAUCUUCACUUUAUAUUUAAUAUGAUGUGGUAAGCCAUUCAAGUUGUAAAAACAUUCAAUAGCAAUAAAAAUAUUUAUUAAUAAUAAUAAUAACAAUCAUUAUUAUUAUUGUUACUAUUAUCAUUAUUAUUAUCAUUAUUAAACUGUCAACAUUUCAGGGCAACAUUGACAUAUUUUUUUCCAAAAAAUAAGUAAUCACAAAAUUAUCAUGAAUUUGGAGAAUCACAUAAUUAUUGCAUGAAUGCAAAUACCCAUCUCCAACUUUUCACUGUUUUUUACUAUAUUUUUUUAUAGCUCUGAAGACAAAUGGAAGUAUGUGAUGAUCUUUCUCUUAAGUAACACUCUUGCAUGUGUUACCUUGGCAAUUUUGCUCAACAUCAAUGACAAGAGAAGGGUAUGAUAAUCGCACUUCAUUACAAAUCACUGAAGAUAUAAGUAGGGUGAAAGAUCGUUUUUGUAACUAACCAAUGCUAGUUUUGCAAGCAAACCUCAACACAACCAUCACCAUGUAGACAACAUUUUCUAAGUGUGGGGUUUAAAAUGAAUCAUAAAUGUCUACUUUGUAGAUGUGAGUUUUGAAUUUUGCUACCGCAGAUGGGUUCACAGAAUACUUCACAGCAGAAAAAAUUAAAACUUCAAACUUUCUUUUAGUGCGUUCUUCCUACACUUUUAUGUAUUGUUCAGGUGUACUUUGAUAUUGUAAGUAAAAGUAUCAGUUAUGCCUUUCCUAAAGUAGGCCUGGCUAGGUGUUUGAAUGGAUUAUAUUGCUUAUGAAGAAACUGCAUUUUAACCAUAACAAUGUGACCAUUGCACAGAGGUUAUUUAAAGAGCAAUUUCAAUUUUGAGACAGUAAAUAAAUAAUUUGUUAAUACUGAAAAUUGAAGUAAGUGCUAAGAUUGUCAGGCAUAGAAAGAAUUAGUGACGUUCUUUUUUAAUUUUUUUUCCUACUCUCUUAGGGUGGCAUUUUAAAUCGUCCGCCACAAAGAAGAGGAAACGCACUACUUAACGACCCAGCCAACACCUAUGGAUCCAUAUCAACGGCAGGAUACACCAAUAAAGAUGCUCUUCUUUACGACUCAUCAACAUCCAUUAACUAA